AAAGACUAUAAUCGCACAAAUCAAGAUGGCAGCCUCCAUCGUCCAGUCCGCGGUUGGCACAAGAGUUAGCUCUGUUCUGAAUAGAGAUGUGAAGCAGUUUGGAAAGAAGUUUCUCUUUGACAACAAUGAAGAAACAUGCUGGAAUUCUGAUCAGGGAACACCACAGUGGGUAUCUUUAGAACUCCAUGCACCUCAUCAAUGUACAGAGCUCCAUCUUCAAUUCCAGGGAGGGUUUGCCAGUAAGACAUGUACAGUAGAAGGAAGCUUGCCUGGAGAACAACUCAAGAAACUCAUGGACAUCUACCCUCAGGAUGAUAAUACAUUACAAAUCUUCAAGUUUCCUGCAGGAUGUUCAGCAAGCAGCUUGAAGAUCAUCUUUGCAGAGAGUACUGAUUUCUUUGGCAGGAUCACCCUCUAUAAGUUAGACAUCUUAGGCACCCCAUCAUGACCAUGGUAACCCCAGGAGUAGUGGGGAGGAAAGAUGCCAUCCUGUGACGAAAGCAGCAAUGGGUCGUGCUCAUUGAAGAUGCGUACACUUUUUUGAGAAGAUGGGAGAAAAAGAAUAAUGAAAUGGCACUAGGCGACGUCAUAGAUUGGUAUAAGAUACCAUUGAUUUAACAUUUUUUAGUAAGAAAAAGACAUUUUCAGAUUCAACAUUAUUUUGAAUCUUAAUCCUAAAUAGACUGGGCUAUUUUGACACCUAAAAAGAUGGGGGGGGGAGCUGAUGCAGCCCCCUCCCCCUUAUGAUCUCGGCCGUCGAUGAAAUUCUGUGAAAAUUCUCAAUGCUAAUUAAUUAUGCUCAUUUAUGAAUAAAAUAAAAAGUUUAUAGUACUGUAAUUAACUGAAUAAUAACAAAAUAAUGCUCAUUUUGGUUCACAGACUCUUUAUUAGAUUCUGAUUAAAUGUUAAUUAAAGAGGUAAAAAAAAAUUGCAAAAAAUGUUGAAUCAGCCCUCCCCAAAUCUUAUUAGGGUUAAAGAAAUACUAUGUUUGAUAUAUAGUCCGUGGACUGGGAGAGUUUAUUAAGCUGGAUCAUACACAAAAGCUUUGAUGGUCCUGUAAUUGCUGCAGAGUCAUAUCCUUUACACGGAAGGCCCAAGGGGCCCAAAAUAAGGGGCCCAUAAAUGGGUUUAUUCAGCUGAAAGCAUACAUCAAUACUUUAAGCAACAGGAUCUGAUCCAGUAUUAAUCGAUACUUAAGCCAGAAAUUGAGUAUUUUUGUUUUUUGCUCAGUAUUUUGCUCAUCUUUGGUAUUCAAUUGCAUUUUUUGGCUAAGUAUUUUACUUAAAUCUAAGUCAGCCACUAACCAGGCUUAAGUCAGUUUACAAAUAUGAUAGGUGCAGUCAUACAUUCUGUGCACAGAUGGAUACAUACAUUGUAAAUUUGUUUGGCUCAAACUUUAUGACUUUACAAUGGCUUUUAGUAUUUUACUUAAAUUUGGCUUGAUAAAGUAAAAUGUUUAGAUGUGAUCUGAAUAAGAGUUCUCAUUUUGCUUAGCCAAGGAUAAUGCUAAGUAAAGUACUAACAAAAUCAAUACCUCCAAUUGAAUACCAGCCCAGGUAUACAUUGGUGUUCAAAAACUACCAAUGGCAGCAACUUUAUCCUGUAGCGGGCCCAGACAUAAGGCCCAAAGGACCCCACCAAAAUGGGUUUAUUCAGCUGAAAGCAUACAUGGAUAUUUUUUUUCCAGUGGAACCAGCAUACUCUGGGGUUCACUAAAUCAUUUUCAACAUUGACUGUGGCAAUGAUCUUUUAGAACAGUAUGUAAAUUCAUGUUCUCAAUUUGUCAAUGAUAUAUUCAAAGAUAUUUAUUUUUGUAUAAAAAAAAAAAUUAAUAAAAUAUUAUUAUCUCU